GUCGCGUGAUCUAAUAUGGCGACACAGGAAUAAUUUUGCAAUGUUUAUAUUAGUAAUUUGACAACAAAUUAGCUAAACGAGAUGUAAAAAUAUUGACAAUGGGUGGAAAAGAUUCAAAAUUAUCAUAUAUUUCUCAAGAGGAUGCUUUGCGUCGAGUGACUGACGCCGAGUUGAAGAGGUUGAAGGAUGCCUUCAAGCGGGUGUCCACCAUUGGGGGUUUCAUGACAGAGACUGUCUUCAUGCGAGAAGUACUAUGGGACACUGUGCCACCCAAAAUUGCCCAGAUGCUGUUCAAGGCGUUUGGAGGCUCACCGAAGGGCCUGACCUUCAAAGAACUGCUGGCUGGCAUGGUUGUCCUCACCAAGGGCUCCAAGGAAGAGAAAAUCAAACUGAUAUUUGGAAUGUAUGGAGAUGACACGUUUUCCAUGAUACACAAGGACGAGAUGGACCGAAAGAUUGUCACCACUGAAGAGCAAGUGCCGGCAGCACUCUCUGAACUAUUUGCUGAGACUGACCAAGUGAGCUAUGAGCACUUCCGUGGCUGGGUCUACCUUCACCCAGAUGCUACUACGCUAACAAAGUGGCUACUCACCGAGCCAAUAGCCUUCUCGUUGUCAUGUGAUAUGGAAACACCCACCUUCUACCAGACACUUGCCGGGGUCACACAUUUGGAGGAGACUGACAUUAGUGAACUGGAAAAGAAAUAUUGGAAUUUAAAGGCCCAGUCCAAAUCAGGGAAGUUCGACCAGGAAACAUUUAAAUCGUUUGUUUGUCCAACCAUCCCGGAGUCUUUGUGUGAAGCCUUGUUUCAAGCUUUUGAUGAGAACCGUGACAACCAUAUUGACUUCAAGGAGAUCGCCUGUGGGGUGUCUGCAUGUUGUAGAGGACCCACAAUGGAGAGGCAGAAAUUCUGUUUCAAGGUGUUUGACACGAACCAUGACGGGAAGCUGGGGGAAGGAGAGUUGAGGGAAAUGUUGGAUGCCCUUGUCGCCAUACGCAUCGACAACAAGCCCGUAGAAGAACUGGAGACUGAUGCCUUUAUGAAAAUGGACCCAUCUACUGUAGCCAAGGACAUCAUAGAUGGCUUCGAUAGUGAUAGGGAUGGGAGUAUAACCAUGGAGGAGUACCUUGUGUGGACGGUUAACAAUGCUCUCUGUGAUGACUUCCUAGACCUUCUUAGUCAGAUCUGCCAUGUUGUGUUGGGCCUGAAACCCGAGGACCCAGAGGAAGAGGGUAAAAUCAUACUGGAUUGGUUGAGUAGGGAGGAGCGUAAAAAGAAGAAAGUUGGUCAGGUGUGGUACCUGAUCUCCAUGCAGUGGUGGAACACCUGGAUAGCUUAUACCUCAUACAAGCCAAUAGAAGAGAAUGGAGCUGUUCCCGCCAUAGAGCUUGCAUCUCGACGGGAUUCCCAGGAUAUGAAGACAACCAGCCUUCUUUCCACAUGCAAGAAUCCUACCAGUUGUCUUGGCUGGGAUAAUGACACUGUUACCAUGAUUAACGUGAAUAAAAACAAUCUUUUACGAGAAACUCCGCUAGUUGGUGACUCGAGGGAAGUCGCAAAUCAUUAUAGCAGUAAUACGUUUCCAAGGACAUCACAUUCCGCCACUAACAGUCCGAGAAAGUAUCGACUCUCUCCAGAGGUGGAUAGUGUUACGCGGAGUCCCAGUGCGUCUCCAAAGUUGAAGAAGCGAACAUUGAUACCAGCGAAGCCUGGACAGAUUGAUAAUACACCACUUGUUGUGCCAAGUCCUUAUAAAGUGAUAACAUUAACCAAUGAGGGAGGUCGAUUGAAGCGUGACGUGAUGAUGGUGGAUGGGAAGGACUUCAAGUUUGUACCUGAGCCUAUAUGGAAAGCCCUGUCCACGUGGUACGGGGGCUCGCCCGCACUUCCAAGAACUGUGAUACCUAGUCAUGCGGGUGAGCUGAACCCGGAGGUGGAGCUCUACCCUGUCUCUGUGCGACUGUACCGACACCAGGCACCUGUCCAGCGGCCAGUACAGGCCACAUCCUUCACCAGUAUGGUCACUGGUAUUGGCGGCAUGGCAAUCAACACCAUGAGCAGUUUCACCAACCACACCCAGCAGCCUCGACGGUUCCUGGCAUUCACGGCGUGCUACAGUCGCUGCCACACCAUACAACAAGUGUAUGACUUUCUGUGCAAUAAACUACGCUUCACGCGAGAAGAUAUGAGAUUGUGGAAAAUUAACCUCAAGGAUGAGAACCAGAUUAUAAUGCUGGACGACGACAGCCUCACUGUGGAGCAGGCCGGUAUUGAAGAAUCACAUCAACUCCUCAUUGAAGUACGAAACAAGGAUUUAACAUGGCCUGAAGAAAUGUCUCAGCUUGCAAAGAACAAAAACCUCAAAAAGGAUCAAGUGCCAACCGAGCCUGGAGCCACUGGUCUGAACAACCUCGGGAACACAUGCUUCAUGAACGCUGCCGUGCAGUGUGUCUCCAACACUGAACCCCUCACUCAAUAUUUCACCAAGGGACUGCACCUAUACGAGAUUAAUAGAACAAAUCCUCUUGGCAUGAAGGGCCACAUUGCCCAGAGAUACGGCGAUCUAGUCAAGGAUAUCUGGAGCGGCACCACAAAGACCACCGCCCCCCUCAAACUCAGGUGGACCAUAGGGAAGUAUGCCCCGCGGUUCAACGGUUUCCAGCAGCAUGAUUCCCAGGAGUUGCUCAGCUUCCUGCUGGACGGUCUGCAUGAGGACCUGAAUAGGGUACAUGACAAACCAUAUGUGGAGCUCAAGGACUCGGAUGGCAGGCCGGAUGAAACUGUCGCUCAAGAGGCGUGGGAGAACCACCUGUUACGUAACCAGUCUGUGAUAGUGGACUUAUUCCACGGCCAGCUCAAGUCCCAGGUACGCUGCCAGGCGUGCGGACACGUCAGCGUACGAUUCGACCCCUUCAACUACCUCUCUCUCCCACUCCCCAUGGAGAGCUGCAUACACAUUGAGAUUAUUGUGUUGAGACUGGAUGGUUCAGUGCCAGUGAAAUAUGGACUGCGACUGAACAUGGAUGAGAAAUAUAAGGCCUUGAAGAGAGAGCUCAGUUCUCUGGCCAGUAUACCUACGGGACAGAUUCUACUGGUGGAGAUUGUUGGCCCUGUUGUCAAGACUCUACCCCAUGACAACCACAAGAUCCGUAACCAGGGUGUCGGGGGUACACUGUACGCGUACGAGCUUCCCCCCAUGGAGGAUGUGGAGCCCCUCACCGCCGAGGAAGAGGCCAACCCUCAAGUUGAAACAAGGUCCCCGGGGGGUGAGAGCAGAUCCACCCCCUCAGGGGAGGGGAAGUCAAGUAUAGGCCUCAGUGAGAUACAGCGUGGGGUCACUUCUAAGAGGCCAAGCGCCAACGGUCACAUAUCUCACUUAAAGACAACACCCGGAAUGGGUUCAUUAAACGGAUCACCAGCCAGCACCCCUACCCACUCCCGCAACAACAGCAGUGCCAGCCUCAACACCAACAGCAGUGUUGGGCUCGAUUCCCAAUCCACCCCGCACAAGUCUGUUGGAGAUGUAUUCAAUGGAUUUGUAAUAGCAGUACACAGAAAAAUGACGCUGAUGGACCUGUACUUCCAAUCCUCUCAGAAGACCCGACCUAGCCUGUUUGGAACGCCCAUUAUUCUGCCAUGUGAUGAGAAAUCAACCAAUCAGGACCUGUACGCUUUCAUCUGGCGACAGGUGGCUCGUAUCGUCAGCCCACUGCCCCCGUCGGAGGCAAAACUGUCUAACCAUGCGCUUGACUGUGAUGAUAGCCUGGGUUAUGAGUACCCGUUCACCUUGAAGGUGGUGCAGAAGGAUGGCUUCACUUGUGCCUGGUGUCCUUGGUACAGGUUUUGUCGAGGCUGCAGUUUGGAGUGUAACACGGAGACUUUCAAUUUUGGUAGUUCCUUCAUUGCAAUAGACUGGGAGCCUACAGCCCUGCACUUGCGAUACCAGACCACAUGUGAACGGUUCUUUGAAGAGCACAAAAGCGUGUCCGAGAGCCGCGCACGUCAGAGCCAGCCAAUUGACCUGGAUACGUGCCUGCGAGCGUUCACCAAGGAGGAAGAUUUGGGAGAGGAUGAGCUUUAUUACUGCUCCAAGUGCAAGAAACACUGUCUAGCUUCCAAGAAACUUGACAUCUGGAGGUUACCACCUAUACUGAUUGUAAAUCUAAAGAGGUUUCAAUUCUUGAAUGGGAGAUGGGUGAAAUCUCACAAAAUAGUGAACUUCCCGUUAACGGACUUUGACCCAUCAUGUUACCUUGUUCCUCGGAAACAUUCCUUAUGCAACUGUGGUCGUCUUGGCAAUGAGACGAUGCCUGGUCACCAUGGUGAUGGCCCUGAGAAUACCAAGGUGACAGAUACUGAGGAGAAGGUCGUUCCCAAUGGCAACUGUGAUAAAGAAAGCCCAGAAUCGGUUUCCCCAGCACGUCGAAAAGAAGAUGGUGAAAAUGUAGAAAACGACAGCACCACUAAUGAAAACAGCUCCACCACAAACAAUAUAGGUCCUUCCAGUGAAAAUGGCUUGAGCACAGAGGACUCCAUGGCAUCAACCUGUCCACUGUCCGAGUGUGAGACGACGUCUCUAGAUUGCCUCUGCAAUAAUAACGCCACUGGUAGAGAACAGGAUGAUGAAAAAGACUCCAAAUAUGAUCUCUUUGCAAUGUCUUGUCAUACAGGUAUACUGGGAGGUGGUCACUACGUGGCGUUUGCUAAGAACCCCAACAGCAAGUGGUACUGCUACAACGACAGCAGUUGUAAGGAAGUUAAAGAGAGCCAGAUGGAUACAAACGCUGCCUACAUCCUGUUUUAUAAACGCCGUGACCUUGACCCCAAAUCUUUCAUGCCAGAGGUCGAAGGAAAGAGUCCUGAUACACAAGAAAUUGACGAUGAGUUUGAAUCAGACUUUAAACGCCUUUGUGUUAUACAAUAAUGGCUAGGUGAUAAAGUGGUUAUCAUGCUGGAUAUAGGAAACUAUUAUGCAUAUUCAUCCAUAUAUACCUUCAGUCAAAUUAGUGUGAUACUCUUGUAAAGUGUACUGUUUUAAUGCUGUUGUUGUUAACAUAUGAAUCUUUUACGUUGUUUGUAUUUAGAUCACUGUUGUUGUUGCUGUUGUUGGUAUAAGAUAUUGUUUAUUUCCUCAGAGGUCAAAAUAACAUUAGGUUUUGUAUUAAGAGUAAUUGCUGCAUUUCAUUAGGCCAUCCAUUAAACAAAUAUUUUCUGCGGCAAAACUGACUCACAGAAAUUAAUAUGACACGAAGGUUUGUUUCAUCCUUGGGUUUAUCAUUUGCUGUGGUUUAGUUUAGUGUUAAAGAGACUUGUUAUCGUUUUAUAGGACCAGGCCCCUGUAUCAUAAAAAUACUCAAGUAAAAUCACAAUCUCAAUUGAAUUUGCCAACUAAAGGUAUAGUAUGAUUCAUAAUCUUAUCGGUACAAGUUUUCACUUUUUUAAAACAUAUUUUUCCAUUGAAUUUGUUGAUAAAAAGAUUUUGACAAUAUUUCAAAGAAAACUAAUUCAAGAGCAAAACAUAUACUUGAAUACUUCUUAAAGCUGCACUCUCACAGAUUUACCAUUUUUACAACUUUUUAAUUUCUUGUCUUGAAUAGAGCAUUUUUUUGCAUAAAUAUCUGCAAACCAAUGAUAUAAG